AUGCUGCGUGCCUUGUGGUUAUGGGUUCUUUUGUUUUUUUUCUUCGCGACCAAUCAUGGUUUAGGACGACGCAUUGUAGCUGUUGGAGAUCUUCAUGGAGAUUUGAAUCAAACGCUUUCUAUACUCCACCUUGCGGGGCUGGUGAAUAAGCGUCAGCAUUGGAUUGGAAAAGACACCUAUUUUGUGCAGCUUGGCGACAUCCUUGAUGUUGGCCCAGAUGACCUCAUGAUUGUGCGCCUGCUUAUGAGGCUGGAGAAGGAGGCACAGGCAGAAGGUGGCGAUGUUAUUCAGAUUCUUGGUAAUCAUGAGAUUCGAAAUCUUCUCGGAGACUUUAGUGCUGUGGACCCGGUAAGCCUUGCGCAAUCUGGCGGGAAGGCCGGGCGCCGUGAGCUUCUCUCUAACAGAACUCCUUUGGGAAUUUAUCUUCGCACGCGAAGAGCCAUAUUUCACCACAAGGAAUUUCUUUUCAUGCAUGGGGGCUUGUCGACGGCCACAGGAAACAUGAUAACUGGAAUUAAGGCGGUGGAGAAGUUCAAUAAGGCAUUGCGUGACACACUGAUCAACAAUACACUGAGCCCUAUGGGAAAGGUUGGAGUUAGCCUAAAAGAAAAUAAAGUCAAGGAAGUUGCGAACCCUAUUCUUGUCCGUUCUAUUUUAAAUGUUCGAUGCUCCGAACUAAAAAAAGUUUUAUCCAAAAAGUUUCAUGGGAUAAAAUCGGUGGUGGUGGGUCAUGUUCCGCAUGAUACGGACGAUUUUUCCGAUUGGCGUCUGUGUGGUGGACGCCUGAUUGCGAUUGAUUUUGGCUUGAGUCGUUGGAAAAAGGGUGACCCUGGCCAUGUGGCUGCACUUGAAUGGGAUGAUGUUUCUGGACAUGUUCAAUUGAUGGAAUCCACCGGGAAAUUCCUAAACUACGAACCAGAUGUACAUUCUCCCACGGAACACAACGUAAAACGUUUACUGCCUUUUAUAAGAUUGGCAGGCGCCGUCGUUUUUUUAGUUCUUCUUGUGGGCCUCCUUGGAAGAUGGAUUUGUUCAAGGGCAAUUAAUAACCCCCUUUCAGAAAAACAAGAAGGGAGCUACGGCUCUGUUGCUCCCUGUGUAACCCCCUAA